CUAAAAUGGCCACCAUCCCCAUCCCCCAACAACUAGGCUUCGAUGAAGAAGAAACAAAAGCCUUUAAUGAGUUGACCAGACGAGAAAGAAGAAGAUUUGACGCCCUGCCAGAUAACAAUUCAAAAAUUGCUUUUAUUCAAGCCAUGGUGGAAAAAGAAAAAUCUUGGCGUGAAAAAUCG